UACCUUUUAAUAUGCAUGCUAAAAGCACUACAAACUUUCAAUAUCAGAUGGUGUGGGUGUUUAACAGCCUUGUCGGACGAGAUACUCAAUCUUGUAAGGUUGAGGCACCUCAAAAUGUUCAAGAGCAUGUUCCAAGAUGUUCAUGGGAUGAAGCUACCUGCAGGAAUAGGAAGCUUAAAAAAUCUUCUGUCCCUCACAGCUAUACAUGCUGGUGGUGGAAUUGCUGAAGAAUUAGGUAACCUGAUACAGCUCAGAAGACUUGGAGUGAUGGAUGUGGCUGAAGAGAAUAUCAGUGAGCUAUUUGUCUCCAUUACAAAGAUGCCGGCUCUUCCUUCCUUGUCAAUUGAAGCUAAACACGCCUUCAACAAGGGAAACCUUAUCCUCCUGGAUUCAUUCUCACCUCCACCAUUUCUUCAAAAGCUUCGCCUAGAAGGCGUCCUAGAAAAGCUACCUACUUCAUUUGGUUCCUCGGAAAGGCUUACAAAUUUAAGAUUAGGCAACUCUCAUAUGUCUGAGAACUCGAAAUUGGUACUUCAUCUGCUACCCAACUUGAAAAAUCUGACCCCUUGGAAUGCUUAUGAUGCAAAACGAAUGGGGAAAGAGUUCUGUAGUGCUGGUGGGUUUCCCAAGCUCGAGGUUCUCAGCUUUGCUUCAUGUUCUUGAGUACUGGACGCAA